AGAAAAUAGGUGGAGUUAUGCUACAAAUGAUUUCCGCUAUAUGUAUGGUUUGACAGUAAAGAUUGACGAGAAACACGCAGUUCAAAGGCUGUUGAUGGACCAGCCCUGUGAAGAGGCGGGGUUAGAAUGGGACAGAGCACCUCGGAACAAGAGGGCCAACAGCAUGAAGAUCCCCCUCUGGAGGAAGGUUUUCACCACAUCAAGGCGUUUGUGGAGGGGGAGCUACAGACCAGCAUGAUGAUGGGGAUGGUGAUCGGCGCAGGCAUCGCCAUAAUCCUCAUCGCCAUCCUCAUCUUCUUCGUGCUCCGGAGAAUCCAGCUGCGAAACCUGGAGGCCCAAGAGGCUCCCAAAUAUCGCUUCCGCAAGAGGGACAAGGUCAUGUUCUACGGUCGGAAGAUCAUGCGCAAGGUGUCCCAGUCUACCUCUUCCCUGGUGGGCACGGCGUCCUCCUCGCGCCCACGCCUCAAAAAGAAGCAGAAGAUGCUCAACAUUGCCAAAAAGAUCCUGCGUUUUAAGAAGGAGGUGCCGACCCUGGUGGCUAAGGAGCCUCCUCCCUCCCUCCUGGAGGCUGACCUCACGGAGUUUGACGUGGCCAACUCCCACCUGCCCUCUGAGGUGCUCUACAUGCUUAAGAAUGUCCGGGUGCUGGGCCACUUUGAGAAGCCUCUGUUCCUGGAGCUCUGUAAACACAUGGUGUUCCUGCAGUUCCAACAGGGAGAGUACGUCUUCCGACCAGGGCAGCCUGACAGCAGCAUAUAUGUAGUGCAGGAUGGAAAACUAGAACUGUGCCUUACUGGAAUGAACGGCAAGGAUGGCGUCGUGAAGGAGGUAUUCCCUGGAGACAGCGUCCACAGCCUCCUCAGCAUCCUUGACGUCAUCACUGGACACCAAAAGCCAUACAGGACCGUGUCGGCAAGGGCGGCAGAGGUGUCCACUGUACUUCGUCUACCUGUCGAGGCCUUCCACUCAAUCUUCGAAAAGUACCCAGAGAGUCUGGUGCGGGUAGUACAGAUCAUCAUGGUUCGUCUCCAGAGAGUAACAGUGCUGGCUCUGCACAAUUAUCUCGGGCUCACCAACGAGCUCUUCAGCCAUGAGAUGCAGCCCCUUCGCCUGCCGCCCCUGUCCCCCCACCCCGUGCCCCGCACCAGCCCUCAGCGCCACGGCAAGCGCUUCAGCAGCCUGACCGUCCCCGCAGAGGACCGCGAGGCAGCCGUGAAGGAAGCGCAGGCCGGAGACGCUGGGAAGGAUGGAGCCGCGCACCAAUCGCCCCUCAGCAGAACCAUCUCCAUGCCGGUAGACAUCGCCGGCAUGCAGAAGAACCUGCGCUCGGAUUUCGACAUGGCCUACGAGAGGGGCCGCAUAUCUGUAUCGGCAGAGGACGGCAACACACCUCCCACCUUCACACGACCUCAGGACCAGCGCGAGAGGAGGGUGACCGUAGACGAGGUACCGUCUGGGGUCUACCUGUACCCGGAGGAGGAGGGGGGUCUAGACAACCAGUUCUCCCCCGGACCCGGAUCCGUCCCCGGGCGUCCCAGUGCGGCCCUGUUCGAAGAGGCCCAGAAGGAGAUCCUGAAACUCAUGAAGAUCGAGGACCCUGCUCUGCUGAAUGGUAGAGUGACCCUGCAUCAUGCCAAGGCCGGAACUGUCCUGGCCAGACAAGGAGACCAGGACGUGAGUCUACACUUCGUCCUGGCCGGCUGUCUCCAUGUGUACCAGCGGAUGAUCGACAAGCAGGAGGCGGUGUGCCUGUUUGUGACCCAGCCGGGGGAGAUGGUGGGCCAGCUGGCCGUGCUGACCGGGGAACCGCUGAUCUUCACCAUCAAGGCCAAUCGAGACUGCACCUUCCUCAAGAUCUCCAAGUCCGACUUCUAUGAGAUCAUGCGUGAGCAGCCAAGCGUGGUGCUGAGCGCCGCCCACACCGUCGCCAUACGCAUGUCCCCAUUCGUCAGGCAGAUGGACUUCGCCAUAGAUUGGAUGGCUGUGGAGGCCGGAAGAGCGCUCUACCGGCAGGACGACCAGUCGGACUGCACCUACAUUGUUCUGAAUGGACGUCUCCGUUCGGUCAUACGGAAGGCCAAUGGAAAGAAGGAACUAGUAGGAGAGUACGGUCGUGGGGACCUCAUAGGAGUGGUGGAGGCUCUCACCAGACAGCCCAGGGCCACUACGGUCCACGCGGUCCGAGACACCGAGCUUGUCAAGCUCCCGGAGGGAACCCUCAACAACAUCAAGAGGAGGUACCCCCAGGUGGUGACCAGGUUGAUCCACCUGUUAGGACAGAAGAUCCUGGGGAACCUGCAACAAGCCCGAGGACCAUUCUCAGGUUCGGCCCUCGGCCUCUCCACCGUGGCAUCCAGCCCGGACGUCACCAACCCGGCCAGCAACCUUUCUACCGUGGCCGUGCUGCCCGUCUGUGACGAGGUGCCAAUGAACGCGUUCAACCUGGAGCUCAGCCACGCCCUAAGUGCCAUAGGACCUACGCUGCUGCUGACCAGUGACAUCAUCAGGGAGCGACUGGGUGCCUCCGCGCUGGACAGUAUCCACGAGUACCGGCUGUCAGGCUGGCUGGCCCAGCAGGAGGACAUCAACAGGAUCGUUCUGUACCAGACGGACAGCAGCAUGACCCCCUGGACCCAGCGCUGCAUCCGCCAGGCCGACUGCAUCCUCAUCGUGGGCCUGGGGGACCAGGAGCCCGCUCUGGGACAGCUGGAGCAGAUGCUGGAGAACACGGCCGUGCGGGCCCUGAAGCAGCUGGUGCUGCUCCAUAAGGAGGACGGCUCCGGGCCCUGCCGGACGGUGGAGUGGCUGAACAUGAGGAGCUGGUGCUCCGGACACCUGCACCUCCGCUGCCCCCGUCGAGUGUUCUCCCGACGAGGCCCGUCAAAACUGAGGGAGGUUUAUGAGAAGGUGUUUGAGAAGACGGCAGACCGACACAGCGAUUUCUCUCGGCUGGCCCGGGUUCUGACUGGGAACAGUAUCGCUUUGGUGCUGGGAGGAGGGGGCGCGAGAGGCUGCUCCCACGUGGGCGUGAUCAAGGCCAUGGAGGAGGCGGGGAUUCCCAUCGACAUUGUGGGCGGGACGUCCAUCGGGUCGUUCAUUGGGGCGCUGUACGCCGAGGAGAGGAGUGCCGUGCGCACUAAGCAGAGGGCCCGCGAAUGGUCCAAGGCGAUGAACUCCGUGUUCAAAACCAUCCUCGACCUGACCUACCCAAUCACGUCGAUGUUCACCGGCGCCGCCUUCAACACCAGCAUCUCCAAAGUGUUCCAGGACAAGCAAGCUGAGGACCUCUGGCUUCCCUAUUUCAACGUGACCACUGACAUCACAGCGUCCGCCAUGCGCGUGCACCAAAACGGCUCACUGUGGCGCUAUGUUAGAGCGAGCGCGUCCUACACCCCCUAUUUACCUCCCCUCUGCGACCCCAAGGAUGGCCACCUGCUUGUGGAUGGUUGCUAUGUUAACAAUGUCCCAGGCUCACUGUGGCGCUAUGUGAGGGCGAGCAUGACCCUCUCGGGGUACCUGCCACCCCUCUGCGACCCCAAAGACGGCAACUUGCUUAUGGACGGGGGCUACAUCAACAACCUGCCAGCGGACAUAGCGAGAAACAUGGGCGCCAAGACCGUCAUCGCCAUCGAUGUGGGCAGCCAGGACGAGACGGAUCUCUGUAACUACGGCGACUGCCUGUCCGGCUGGUGGUUGCUGUGGAAACGGAUCAACCCAUGGGCGGAGAAAGUGAAGGUUCCGGACAUGGCGGAGAUUCAGUCGCGGCUGGCCUACGUGUCGUGCGUCCGACAGCUGGAGGUGGUGAAGAACAGUGCCUACUGCGAGUACAUCCGACCGCCCAUCGACCGCUUCAAGACCAUGGACUUCGGCAAGUUUGACGAGAUCUACGAUGUGGGCUACCAGCACGGCAAGCUGCUCUUCACCGGCUGGGCCAGGGGUGACAUCAUCGACAAUAUGCUCAAGGACCACCGCUCAGCCGACUACAAUGACAGCAAGGCCAAGACGGACAGCUGCACGUGUCCAGGGGCAGACUUCACUGACCUGGCUGAGAUCGUGUCACGAAUCGAGCCUGUCCAGACCUAUGUUGAGCCUGGUGCUGCCGAGGCGGGAGAUGAGUCUGACUGCCUGACAGAGUAUGAGGAGGAUGGAAUGGACACGGUCAGAGAGGAGGAGGAGGAAGAUGAAGAAGACGACGAGGGGGAACAGGAUCUCGAUGACCAGUCCCCCGGAGAGUGGGGCCAAAACGGGGUCUUCCAGGUGGACGAGGAGAAGUCAGUCCGCCAGAGGAGGAAAACACAGAGCGAGGAGGUCUUUGACUGCUGACAGCAGGAGGAGGAGGAUUCAUGCAGAGCGGAAAACAGACUCUGGGUCCACCUACUUUGAGAAACAAGAGAAGGCCUUUUGCUAAGCCAAGCCUUUGAUUUCAACCACUUGACCUUAGACUGGGUACUCAACAGACUGGACCAUCGCCAAAUUGAAGAUGGACUCCCCCCACCUCAACCCUUUACUCUCUCACACCACAUCCACCCUUCACUGUACCUCCAUCCACCCCCUCCAAACACCCCUCUUCCCUGCCUGCUAAGAGUAUAAUAUUUUGUGGUUGACUAAAGGAAGUCCUCAAAUUGCACUCCUUCAUUAUUGGUUAAAGUUAAUCAAACACCUAGUCGCUUUAGGUUCUCAGCGCCAGUGCUUCGCUCCAGUGUUUCACCUGUAUUCAGUUAGCAGUGGUGCGCUGCCUCUGCUAAAUUUUUGCCUCUCCUCCAAAAAUAAGAUUAUAACCUUCUUUCUUUUUUUUGUUUGGGAGUGUGAAAUACUGUCAGUGACACGACUAAAAACGCAUUAUGUAGAAUACAUAAUGGAAAUAACAAUUUUUUUUUUAAAGAGAAUGUUUGAGAACUAACAACCACUUAUAAGACAGACAUUCAGGGAGAAUCAAAAAUUUCCCAAAUGCCCCAUUCAUGUUGAGUCACAGAAUAAGAAAAUGGCACUGAUAGUUAUUACGUGAAUGGAAGAGUCUGUGUGUUUGCGUGCGUGCGUGGUUAUGUCAUGGAGUGAUUUGUACCAGUUGUAGUGGUAAUGAUGUUGAAUGGACAGGAGUGUAAAACUUCUAAUGCGCACAAAGAGCAGCUAGACAUAUGGACGUAUUGUAAUAAAAUGCAUAAAGUGAAACGAGGACGUUCUGGGUGAGUGCGUACCUCUGAAUGGUCUCCGCUGUGAUCGCUACGAUGCUUUGUGUUCUAAGCAAAGAAAAACAAUGCCUUUUUAACCUGAGUUAAAACAUCUGUGGGGAGGAAAUGGAAAGACUUUGCCAAAGGACCUUUUAGUAUAGAAAAUACCUUCCUCUCCCCAUUGCCCUAAUGCUUGCAUGGGGUCCUAUGAACCCCUUAACCUCUAAAAUUGUCAUAAACUGUUUGAAGUCAGUAAUUGGGGCCUCUGUUAGAUUUAACAUGACUUGAUGAUGUAAGUUGUUUGUGUGUGCGUGGAUAUAUAUUUUAUAUAUAUAUAUACACACAGACACGUACAUACAUGUGUUAAUACUCGUAAAUAUGUAUUUGAGAAAUACUUCGUAUGUCAAUGAUGCUUCUGUUGCAGAACUCAAGGAUUCUGUCAGAGUGGUCUUUCCCAAAUCCGUUCAAACAUGCACGGAAUGGGUUUUUGCCAAUUUUGUUUUUUAUUUAUUUGUUUUGUUUAAUCACAGACUUUUUUAAAUAGCUUUUUUUAACACUGAAAGAAAUGAAUAAUAUAUCUAAAUGGAGAAUUCUGAUAAUUAUAACGAACUGUAAUGCUUUUUUUCCUAUUAGCUUGGCUUUAGCGAUUUUGCACUGAUUAAUCUCUAGACGAAUUCCUUUGAUUUGAAAGGGGAUGUUGGUUUUUAUUUGCAUUGACUGAGACUUAACGAGAUGUAUGGGAUGUAAUGCUUUCAAGAAAUGUUACAAUGCAUUCUGAAUAAUAAAAAUAUAAAUUAUAAUUACCAA